AUUAUUUGUCUUGUUCUGUCUAUCUACGCAACCACAGGGAAUCAGAGAUACAAGCUCAGGUGCCCCCACAUCCUGUGACAUCUAACAGAACAAUCAAAGGCAAAAGUCUCAAAGCACUAGGCGCAGAGGAGAAUCGGUCAUCUUUUUGUUGGGCGCAUGCGCCUAUUGAACCUACCAACCAAUUCAACCUCUACACCUAACCCCUUCCCUCAUCAGAUUUCCAACACCUUCAUUCUUUCUUCUGUCUUGUGAUUUUGGCCUGGUUUUCUGAACCAUCAUCUCUCUCUUUUUUUGUGUUGUUCUCUCUCUGUUUUCAAUGGAGGCUAAGCUGUUAAUGGCCUCCUCUCCUGCUACUCUUUCAGCUCCCCAUGCUUCUAAUUCAAGAAUCAAUCGCAUAUUGCCAUUGAAAGCAAUGAAAUCUAACAGCUUAACCUGCCUCAAUUCAGGCUUACCAAAGAAAGGAAAUUUAUCAGUUCAGGGUUCUGCAACUUCCAUUGGAUCAUUGGCUACAAAGAAGAGGGUGGAUGAAACUGAUAAUUUAACCCUAGAAGGUAUAAGACAUUCCUUAAUCCGGCAGGAGGAUAGCAUAAUUUUUGGCCUUCUAGAGAGAGCUCAAUAUUGUCAUAAUAUGCCUACUUAUGACUCCAAUGCUUUCCCUAUGGUCGGGUUCCACGGCUCCUUGGUCGAAUACAUUCUUCAAGAAACAGAAAAACUUCAUGGUCAGGUUGGUAGAUACAGCAGUCCUGAUGAGCACCCAUUCUUUCCGGAUGUCCUACCUGAACCAGUGUUGCCACCUCUGCACUACCCUCAGGUACUACAUCCCAUUGCCAAUUCAAUUAAUAUAAAUCACAAAGUUUGGGAAAUGUACUUCAGAGAUAUUCUUCCAAGACUGGUGAAGGAAGGAGAUGAUGGUAAUUUUGGAUCAACUGCUGUUUGUGAUACAAUGUGCUUGCAGGCUCUGUCAAAGAGAAUCCACUAUGGUAAAUUUGUAGCAGAGUGUAAGUUUCGAUCCAAUCCAAAGUCCUAUGAAGCUGCCAUUAUCGAACAGAACAGGGAGAAGGUGAUGGCUUUGUUGACAUAUCCAACGGUCGAGGAGGCAAUUAUAAAGAGGGUAGAAAUGAAGGCCAAAACUUAUGGGCAAGAGGUGACCUUGUAUAAAGAGGAAAAAGAGAAAACCGACCUGGUUUAUAAGAUACAACCAACCUUGGUUGCAGAUUUAUAUGGGGAUUGGAUCAUGCCAAUGACAAAGGAAGUUCAAGUUGAAUACUUGUUAAGAAGGCUGGACUGAGAGAGCUUGUCUUCAAUAUCUAUUCAUUCCUAUUGACGUACAGAAAUUUGUGUUUUGCUUAGAUGCUGCUAUCUGUAAUUUUCUACUUUAUGUGGAUGCUUAAGACAUGUUAUUGUUGUAUUGUAUUUUAUGAUUAAAUAUUGAUUAUAAUAAGCACAGGCCGUAUGCAGUUUAUAUA